AUGGCCACUGCACGUCCGUAUGGGGAGCAGCCUCCGGCAGCGGCUGUAGCUGCUGCUCCCCAGCAACAAUAUUCGCCCUCUACGGUCCCUUCUGCAGCUUUAGGCUUGUCCAAUGUUAUGCGCUUCUGGCUGCCGAACCCUGGUGCCCACGGCUCGGGUGCCAGCCUGAGUCCCGGAUUUUUCUCUACCCAGAGGCAAUUUCACCUUCCCACUUCCUCUCCCUCCAUGAAAACCCAGACAAUAAAACCCCAAAACCACAGAUCGCAAGUAGAUCUUUGCUACUCUUCGCGUGUUCCGCAAGCCUCACCAGUGGAAUCUGUUAGGACAGCAGCUCUCACCCCUGACUCACACUCACACCACGACGAACGACUGUCCAAUCCGCAUGCUGUUUGGCGGUCAGUGACCCCUUCCGCGCAUUUGUACAACGGCUAUAGGCCCAGACCAGUGGCGCCGAGGCGCUCGGUAAGCGUGGGGUCAAGAGGGAUAGUAACUGUAGAGGGCAGGGUGGAGGAACCGCGUGCCCCCGAGAACUCCGUCCAGCAGCAGCAGAAUUUGCGCAGGGUACCUGCAAGGUUUUAUCAAGAAGUUUGGGGCCAGCCCGUUCUGAGGCCACAGCGGGCAGCCAACGAGUAUCAACAGCGUUGGCGUUGCCCAUCAGUUCAACUGCUGCAGCGAGACUCAGCACAGCUACCAAACCCUUCAGCCUUAGGAGUCUCUGCCCUGCAGCCUCGCCUCCACACCAAAUACGCCGGAGGAGCUGUUAUACAGGCUCCUGGCUCUCAACACACGGCAUCUUGGCAGAGACCUCUCUCAUCGCCCGAAAGGCUUGCACGCAGGCUAUCUCCUAAGCCACACGGGAUUCACACGUGGAGGCCUCUUUCUGUGCCUCCCCAGAGUUCUGGAGGCCCCCGCUGCGCAGAUGCCGUUACUUCACGGGCCGAUGUAGGGGCUCACCAGUACGAUGUACGAGUCAGGCAACCCCCGAUGAUGCGAGGAAAUGGAGGACAAGAGCAUCUUUCGGCUGCCUCGGGCAGCCUAGUGGUGCAGGGGCAGCGAAAAGUAUGCCGGUCUGUGAGCACACCACCCCUCAUCCAACGUCAGUUCCCUGACCUUGCCAGUCGUCUCUGGUCCUUUUUUCGGGCAGGGCAAGAACCUCAGGAGCGAGAAUCCCCGAAGGCGCAAGCUGUAGAUAAGAGGCUUCAGUGUACCAGCAACAGAAGCAGGGAUCCCCUGGUGCCCUCAACAGUGGAUUGGGCCUAUAAACGGCAAGGAGCUCAGCACCACUUGGCGCAGGCGGGUAUGUUCACUGGGGCAGACUCGCAACCAUUGCACCAGGUGCAGCCUAAGUCGCAGCCAGGGCAACGACCGUCUUCUCCCCACGUGCAGCUGAUUCAGAACUCCCGGCAGAAGCCCACUGUGACCUUUGCGCCCAUAAAUCAAGCAAGGGCCCCCAUGCAGAACCAACCGCAGUGGACAAAAGAGCAGGAAACGAAGGCUGGUGAGUGGAGUCCCGACGUGCAGAAGGUAGAGAAAGCUUGCCAGGGGAGAAGCGCAACCCAGCAGGAAGCAGUGGCAAUGCAGAUGCAAGCUGCGUUACAGCACCGCACGCAGCUAAAGGGGCCCUCGGCCCAAGUGAAGCAGGUCUUGUCCUCGCAGCAGCAACGAGACCAGUUCCUCUGGCAGCAGCACCAGCUGCUGCAGAAGCAAAGAGAGGUGCUGCAGCAACAAAAAGAGAAAUUAAUGCAGCAACAGGCAUGCUGGCAGCAGCAAAGACAGAGGACUCUGCCACAAAAAGAGGCAGGGGCCUCGGGCCAUCCACAAGCGCCCCCAAUACGACUGGAGCGAGAUACUUCUGUAGAAAGCUGUUCAACAAGUUGCGGGGUUGACAUAGCUAGAGGUUCACCCUCAAAAGUAUCAACAGAGCUACAGGGGUCCUCUUCUUUUGCCAGGAGCUCUGGUGUAGCAGGUUCUGCCACAGCUGUAAGAGAAAACGGGAAGGUCAGCUUCACCAUGGUAGGCGGCAGCAUGGAGCAGCGUAUGCAGCUGAAAUGCGAGGUCAUCGGACACCAUGGUGUUGCUCUUGCUGAGCCUACGCUUAGCAGCGGAUUAUCGAGCAUACGGAAGCACCAACAACAUCAACCAUCUGAAGUUGCAGACUUCGGGUGCACUAGGGACAGGACAGAAGGUGCUUUGGCCAAACAACAGCAGUCGCAAACGCACCUCAUGGCUACUCCACGGAAAGUUGUCAAGGACCCAAAAGAGGGCACCCAAACGGCUACUUUAGGGUGUUCAGCAACGGCUACUCAAGGACCAGCCGAACAGGAAGGGUCAUGCAGUCCUGUAGCUGGGACAGACACACUGGUUUUAACAGAUACUGGGGAUGUUCUGAAUAGAGAGCUUCAGGCAGAGCGAAGAGAGCAAGAGCCUUUCCCGCAGCACCCUCAAGUUUCACGCAGGUGUAAGUUGAGGCGACGCGACCAAGACUGCUACAAAGUGGGGCCCCACGAUCUACUUCCCGUGGGGCCCCUGAUAGCGGCUAUCUGUUCUCUUGGGGAAAGUGGAAAAGAAGAGGGCGAACGCGCUACUGCAGAUGAAUGCACAGAGGAUAUAAGUUAUAUUGAAGCGUAUCUCCCGAUCAAGUCACUGUCUGAGUUGGAGAGUGUAGAGAAGGGCCAGGAAGCAGAAGAUCUGCUGGACCUGCGAAGAGACGUGGUGGGUUGCGGGACCUACGGAGUAGUGCGGAAGUUGAGGCACAAAAAGGGUGGAUUUGUAGUGGCCGUAAAGAGCAUUCAGAAGGAAACUGUGGUGCGAGCGGGCAUGGUGGACCAAGUGGAGUUUGAGCUGUACGUACAGCGGGACCUGCUCAGGCAUCAGAAUGUAUUACGCUGCUUCUCUUGUGUCGAAGACGCAGAGUACUUGCACAUGAUAUUAGGAUAUUGCGAUCAGGGGGAUCUGUACAGGCGGAUUCGAAAGCAGCCAAACCGUCGAUUUUCAGAGCUUGAAGCGUUCUGCUUCUUCGCUCAGCUGAUAAACGGUCUGCAGUGCGUACACUCCAGCGGAGUAAUUCACAGAGAUCUGAAGCUCGAGAACUUGUUGCUCACAAAAGGAUAUGUAUUGAAGAUUGCAGACUUUGGCUGGUGCGGGUCUGUCGUUGGGCAGAACCGAAGCUUCAGCUUCUGUGGUACUCUCGACUACCUCGCCCCAGAAAUGGUCAAGGGUCAGGGGCAUGACUGGCGAGUUGACUUGUGGAGCCUUGGGGUACUGCUUUAUGAGUUGCUAGACGGGCGGCCACCCUUCCAGUCGACGCGGCAUUUCGAGCUAGUGCAGCGAAUUGUCACUGUGGACAUCAGAAUGCCUUGCCACGUGAGCAGUGACGCCGCUGAUCUAAUCAGGAAACUGUUAAAAUACGACCCAAGUGAAAGAUUACCACUAAUUGAUGUUGCACAGCACCCCUGGGUGCAUCGCAUGUGGAAGGAGCUGCAGCUACAUCUGCUGCAGAGGGAUCCUUCAGUCGACAUAGAGGCUUUGUUGCCUGCUAUCGCCUCUCCCUGGCCCUCGUCGGAGCUGUUGUACAGCGGUGCUCCCCAUCAUGAUCCUCGUUGUCAUAUAGCAGCAGAGGCAGCUGGCGCAUGUGGCAAACAUUCAACGGCCAAAGGGUUCGAAGGAGUAGGCAGGAGCAGUGCUACAAGGAAUGCCAUAAGGUCCCCUGUGGUUCCCAUUAAAAUGCAACUUACAGACAAAGGGACACACCUGCCUCCUCUCAGCGGCCGGAGAGGCCCCAACAGUGUGUAUCACGAGUGUCUCCCCAGUGAGCGGUCGCUCAUAUCUCUAUCCACAGAGCGGAUGGGGAGAAAAAGGACUUCAAUCGUUAGAAACGGUUAUGCCUCCCUCAACCACCACCCACGGCGUCGUACGCUUCCCAAGCCGACGACAAGUGCCACCCAGUCCAGAGCCAUUCGAAGCACUAGCAAAGCCCUUGGCAGCGCCACAGCCAGACAGCUACCGACUUCGCGAUAUCCGGAAAGCGCAGAGACCGCACCUGCAAACUCUAGCGCAAAGAAAAGUCCACUGAAGCGCCCUUCUUGCGCUGCGCAAAGGCAAAGGGGACGCAACACUCCUCUUCUUGACCAGUCUUUUGACUUACAAAGUGCCGCGGAGACGGCAGACACCUGCGAUGCGAGUGCUUUGACUACCGAGGCGAACACAUGUCACGCAUUGCACACAACUGUUGAUGGCGCUACAGAUCAGCAGGAAACAAUUUCAUGUAAGCUCCUCCCUCCAGGAGACGAUUCGACGACCAGAGAUGAUCGGCCUCGUCAGGUGCCGAUAACAGAACUCCACACCGGAGCACAUUCUCGAAGGGACGCAUCCUUAGCACCAAGCAUUCUGAACAUCCCUCUGCCGGCUAGUGCAACCUUUGAUCAGGAAUCACUGCCAAAGUCAGCGGCAGAGCAAAAGCUUGUUGCGCUAUCAUUGUCCGCUGAUGUAAUCCAAACAUCCGCUAGUACUACCGACGCCACAGCACUACCAAGCCUUAAGAAAGUGCGCAGCGCCUCCACCAGGCCCCGAGGCUGUGGGUCUGGUGGUGCAGUGCUGCGAAUGCAGUCAACUCCCCACAAGGCUCCGGAGGCACCCGCCACGUGCGACUUGUAUCGGGGAGUGAAGGACUGCCAUGGCCAGCAGGGAAUGGGUCCUGGUUCGAACCAUCUCGGGCUUGUACAGAAAAUUUGCAAAGGCACAACUUUGACGCCUCAUGGGAGAACACAAGGGGUAGCCCAUUUGGAUCCAUUCCACACCCAGAAGCCGUGGCCAUCCAUGGCCACGGCUACAAGUGGAUUGAGCGUCAUGCGGCCGUCGUGCUUGACAAGCAGCCCAAGUCAACAUUCUCAGUGGCAUCCAGCUGUGGCGGUGAUGCGGCCUGCUCUGCCGGGACGUACGCAUCAGUGGCGUUUAGAGCAAAUGGUGCACCCCAGCAGUCUAUCUAGGUUGCAACAGUUUGAAAGUCUUCCAAGCAGCGAUUCUACAGGAAAUCUGCAUUACCCACACUUGCCGAAAUACUCUGCAGGUGGCUUACAUCAAACACUGCAAAUGGGGGACAGAUCCCGACCUCAGCUCCACAUGGCCUUUCAGCCUACGUCAACGCAAAAGCAACGCCUGGUGGAUUUAGUGGCGGAUUCUCCUCCAGGAAGACGGUUUUACAGCCCUCCGUCCAAUGGACUCCUCUCUUGGGCCCAGCAGCAACCAAAGCAGACCCCAAGUCCCCUUGCAAAACGGCAACCCUGUGUUUAUGGAAUGGAGAAGAAUGUCAUACCUGGACUGCCUGUGGUCGUUGGAAUACAGAACCCUACCAGCCCAAAGUUCUUGAGCAACCCGACAUCAUUAUUCAACUAG